AUGCCGUCUGCUCCGAAACUGACGCUGGAGGAGCGACGCAGAGGCGAAAUCGCCCUCAGCGAAUUCGCGGAAUAUGCAGACAAACAGCAAGCCUACCGGACUCAUGUUGCCCCCAGCGCCCCAAGCGACAGUGGCUACUUGACCGCUGCUCACGAAGACCACGCUGAACUCGAGAUCCUUGACCAGCUCGGGUUGUCCGACACGCCCCGCACCGUGAAGUUGAAAGACCUCCUGCUAGGCACGGGCGAGAACACGGAGGAUAGCACACAGGCUUUGGCAGGGAUCAUCCAGACUCGCAUCGAUGAGGGUCACGGAGAAACCAUCUUCGACUUGGGUCUUGAGGACGGUGGUGAUUCCAUGGGAUUUGACCUCGAGCAGUGGAAUACUGCUCUACAGCGCCUGCGGGAAGCUGCGGGGAUGCUCCCCGCGCAUGACCGCAUCCUCCUUACGCACAAUGUUGGCGGCCCCGAGGAAUCCAAAGUCAAGAACGACCGCAUCCAAGGCACUUGGGGUAAAGUUCUUUUGCGACAGCCCGCUGAGAGUGUCGAGGAACUGGCGGAACUUCGAGUGGCGGUGGUAGGUAAUGUCGAUGCGGGCAAGAGUACCAUGCUGGGAGUCCUCGUGAAGGGGAACCUGGACGAUGGUCGUGGAAAAGCUCGUGUCAACCUCUUCCGUCACAAGCACGAGAUUGAGAGUGGACGUACCAGUUCAGUGGGAUUGGAAAUCAUGGGCUUCGACAGUCACGGAGAGAUCGUUGGCAGCUCGCAGGGCCGGAAGAUGUCCUGGGAGGACAUUGGCAAGCGAUCUUCAAAGGUAAUCUCCUUCUCUGACCUGGCGGGCCAUGAACGUUACCUUCGGACGACCGUUUUUGGCAUGUUGAGUGGAAGCCCACAUUACUGCUUGCUGAUGGUUGCGGCCAACAACGGACUGAUUGGGAUGAGUAAAGAGCACUUGGGCAUUGCGCUGGCGCUGAAUGUGCCCAUCAUGGUCAUCAUCACCAAGAUCGAUAUAUGCCCGCCCCAGAUCUUACAGGAGACCAUCAGUCAGCUGAGGAAGAUUCUCAAGUCUGCUGGUGCCCAAAAGAUUCCCAUCUUCCUCGACAACAUGGAAGAAACCAUCAACACCGCGGGACAAAUGGUCAGCCAGAGGAUAUGUCCCAUCUUCCAGGUGUCCAACGUUACCGGAGAGAACCUUGACCUCGUGCGAACAUUCCUGAACAUACUUCCCCACCGUGUGCAGUACAAUCCGGAGGGACCUUUCGAGUUCCUAAUUAACGACACGUUCUCAGUCCCUCAUGUGGGAACGGUAGUGUCAGGGGUGGUCAAGUCAGGAGUUAUCCACGCUGGAGACACCGUCGUGGUCGGACCCGACUCUCUCGGACAGUUUACGACCACGACGAUCAAAUCCAUCGAGCGCAAGCGGGUACAGGUCAAUGCUUGUUUCGCUGGUCAGUCCGGCUCCUUUGCUCUGAAACGGGUACGAAGGAAAGAGGUUCGUAAGGGGAUGGUAGUCCUGAGAAAGAUGGACCAGCCCCCUAAGGUCUACCGAGAGUUUGUAGCAGAGGUUCUGAUUCUUUCUCAUGCGACCAUGAUCAAACGACGUUAUCAAGCGAUGCUGCACGUAGGGGCCGUGAGCCAGACCUGCUCAGUAAUUGACAUUGACCGUCCCUUCAUCCGGACGGGGGACCGUGCUCUAGUUGCUUUCAGGUUCAUACAGCGCCCCGAAUUCCUCGCACCUGGUGAUCGAGUACUUUUCCGAGAGGGAAAGACUAAGGGAUUGGGGAUUGUCAAGAGCGUUGGCUAUGACCCGGCACACCCUCUGUAUCCGGAUGCAAAGUUGAAUGAAGAAACUUAG